UUCUGCCUGGGGACUCCAGGCCGGCUCUCCCCAAGAAUCCGGGGGCUCCCCCCCCCGGGGCCCCAGGCAGGCCGCCAGGACUUGACCCCUGGGCUCUCCUGGUCACGGUCCUCAGGAAGUCAGGUGGGGUGCCCGCCGGGCCUGCCUCCACCCUCCCCUUCCUGCCCACACCCUUGGGCGGGCAUUUCUCAGCCUUCUGCGUCCAGGGAUCGGAGCUCCAUGGCCUCCCUGGGCUGGCCGGGGCUCCCUUGGGGGGCCCGGAAGGAGCAGAAGAGCCUGGCCAGGGCCAUCAGAGCCCUGGAGCACCUGGAGCACGCGCUGGGCCAAGACCCGCACCUGGAGCCCAGCCCGCCCUCGCUGGCCGACCUGCUCCCGCAGAUGAGGGGGCUCCUGCGGCAGGUGGCCGAGGCCCAGAGGCUGGCCCAGGGAGGCCUCCACGAGCCCGGCGGCGCCUCCGACUUCCUGGCCGGCUACCUGAGCAACCUGGCCCAGAAGGGGCAGCAGCUGGCCGCCCUCUUCCCUGCAGGGAGCAAGGCCUUCUGGGAGGGCUCCAGCCGCAGGAGGAAGCUGACCAAGCUGUCCCUGAUCUUCAGUCACAUGCACACGGAGCUCAGAGCCCUGUUCCCCGACGGCCACUACUGCGGACACACGUACCAGCUGAGCAAGCCCCAGGCUCAGGAAUUUUGGAGAGAGAAUUGUGGGAAGAGGUGUGUGGUCCCCUGGGAAGAAUUUGAGGCACUUCUGAGCUCCUGCCACCCUGUGAAGCCUGGGCCUAUGGGUCAGGCCCUGAAAUCCACCAUCGACUUAACGGUCAGCGGCCACGUGUCCGUUUUUGAGUUCGAAGUCUUCACCUGCCUUUUCCAGCCCUGGUCGUCUCUGCUCAAGAACUGGACCCUGUUGGCAGUUACGCACCCUGGCUACAUGGCCUUCAUCACCUACGCGGAGGUGAAGGCCCGCCUGCAGACCUACCUGGACAAGCCUGGCAGCUACAUCUUCCGCCUGAGCUGUACCCGCCUGGGCCAGUGGGCCAUCGGCCACGUGAGUGAGCACGGCCAGGUUCUACAGUCGAUUCCUUCUCUGAACAAACCACUCUUCCAGGCCCUGAGGGAAGGCCAGAAGAAAGGCUUUUACCUCUAUCCAGAUGGGAAGAUGGUGAAUCCAGACCUGUCUGAGCUGGAAGAACUUAAGGACCACAGACACAUCGAGGUCUCCCAGGAACAGUUUCAGCUGUAUUGUACCAUGAACUCUACCUUUGAACUGUGCAAGAUUUGUGCCGAGCGAGACAAAGACACACGCCUGAAGCCCUGCGGCCACCUCCUGUGCCACCCCUGUCUGGAGGGCUGGCAGAAAUCCCCAGGCAGCACCUGCCCAUUCUGCAGAUGUGUGAUUCAGGGCUGGGAGCCUGUGACCAUCCAGCCUUUCCCUGGGGCCUCGCCAGAUCAAGAGGACAAGGAGACCGCAGUGAAGAUGUGCCCCAGGAAUUCCCCUCUCAUGGCUCCCCCCUUGCCCCCAAGGCCUGACCUGGCCCAUAGGAGAAAUCCGGACAGCGAACUGACCCCAGGCUCCUCUUCAUCUCUCUUGCACCUGCCAAGGCUCCAGCCCCAAUUUGUCAUCCCUCGGAUUGGCUCCUUUGUCACUGUCCCCUGGGACUCAGCUCAGACUAGGGGCAGCUGGCUCCUGAACGGAUUAGCAGCCAAUCCUGAAGGACCCGGGAGGCCCAGGCCCCUGCCAGAGCCCAGGACCCAGAAAAUUCAGAGCCCAAAUAGCCUCAUCCAGGAAGUGAGACUUGGACGGGAAUGAUCUCUCCGUCCCCACGGGCUCUGGAAAUCAAUGAGCUUGGGCCCAGAAACCAGAGACCGGCGUGAUUCAGAGUUCAGAACCCAGCCGAAAUCAGAGAGGAAAACAUCUCCACGUCCAAUCAAUACACGAUGACUAGAGAAAUUCCGAAGCUCCAAGCGCGGCCCGGGCCCACGUCAGAGCCCAGAACGUCCCUCGCCACAACCAAGAGGCCAGAUAAAACCCAGAGGCACAGAGACUAGAGCCCAGGCAGAAUUCAGAGCCCCUAAGACCUAGAACAGAGAACCCAGGGAGAAUUCACCAACUGAAAAAAGCCCAGGAGAGAGAGCCCAGAACCCAGAGUGCAGAGCCCAAAGGGAACUCAAAACCCAGCUGACCUAGAACAGAGUGCAGAGACCAAACAGGCCAGAACCCGGAACUUGGACUCCACAGAGCCCCCUAACCGCUGAAAGUCCUUGACCAAGAGAAUGCUAGCGAGGGCAUCUAUGUAUAAAGAACGCUGAGAUCUUUGCAAAGCUCUCCUGUCUGCUAUUAUUGUUGGUGGUGCUGAGGGGAGCCCCCCAAGAGCCAUGGCCAGCAGAAGAGGUCCCCCAAGUAGCCAGCAGGGGUCAGAUGGACACUGGGAAGGAGCCUGCAGAGCCCCAGCCUCCUCAGCCAUCCAAAGGCCAGGAUCCAGAAUUCCAGCAAGAGGACCCCUCACGCCAGCUAACUAGGAGGGAAAUGGGGGCUCAGGUAGAAGCGACUUACCCUCAGAGGGCCGUCCUGAGGCCCUCUCCAGGAUGCCCCAAGAAGGAGGGCCUCGAUCUCCCCAGCCUAGGGAGGGCUCCUCGGCCUUCCCACCUGCUCCAGACCCAGCAGGCCUCACUGGGCACCCCCUCCUUCCCCUUCCUUAGCCUGCCCUCCCCCUGGGGAGGGCCGGGCCACCAGAGGAAUGAGGGGGAGGGGCAAAUUCCUCAGAUUCCUGGGAAGGGGGAGGGAGGCAGGCUAGAGCAGCCUACCCCCUUAGGAGAGCAUGGUCAGACUGGGAGAACCCAGCCCAGGAGACUGGCCAGACGGGGGGAGAACCCAGUAUUUAUCACUGGCCAGACUGGGAGAAUCCAAUCCAGGCCAUUAGUCAGACUGUGAGAACCCAGCCCAG